AUGGAGCGCAGCAGUUUUCGAACAUCGCAACGUUUUCAACGCGAUCCUUCAACGCCUUCUAAUGAGCCCGAUUCAAUAUUCACCUUGGCCACCACCUCAGCUGCUCGUUACGUAUCUAACAGUAGCGCUGACAAUACGACGAGAUUAGAUGAAGCCUUGAGUGCGAUGAUUCGCCACGUGGCAGAUGUCGAUCGAGUGACUCGGUUAUCACUGAAGAAUGCACAGUUGAAGGAGUUCUUAUCGUAUACGCCAGUGAUUUUAAAUGCCUCCACCACUAACAUUAUGACGCGCUCCAAAUUCUACCGUCUGCUCUUUUCGAUUGCACAUCAUAACAUUCCGAUUCGAAGGUUCAUGGCUGGAGAGCUUCGGCUACUUGGCGCAGUGUUUUCAUGUUUGAAAGCGUCACUUCGAGAGCAAUUGGGACCCCAGAAUAUGAUUGAUAUUCUCAGAUUAUUACAAGUUUUGAGCUAUGAAAAGAAUGUGCCACUGGAGCAUUGGGCCAAUGAACUCAUAUCGUUUUUGAUGCAAGAAGUAAUACGAGAGCCUGAACCUGAAUGGAUGCCCUACUGUAUCGCUAUUCUUUGCAACCUUGCAUCAGCAUCAAAAUCUGCUUGCAAACGAAUAAAAAUAUCCUCGUCAUACAAGAAGUUUAGUCGACAAUUGAUGAAACUACUACAGCACAAUGCUAGAAUAAUUGUGGUCUCUAGUUUGGUAUUGAUAGGUUAUCUAGACGAAAAAGUUCGAGAUAUGGUGUACUGUACUGAAAAUGUGCAUGAUACGUUUAUGUGCACUUUUAAUGUUUUGACAAUAGGAGACGAUGAGUGUAUGAUGACGAGGCAGAUUGCGGCAGAUUUGUUGAGACGCCUCGUCGUCUCGGAAAGCUCUAUUAUACCAGGGAUUCCAACACUGGCAUCCACUGGGAAGAACGUACUGAAUUAUGGAUUUUUCAUAGGGAGUAUACAACAGACUGCUCGUUUAUUAGUAACUCUAGAUCCACGGACAGAAGAGAGUUCAAAGAUCUAUGACCUUCUUCUGGCCUUCUGCUCUUUACAACAACUGAGAAGUCCAGUUUGCCAAGCGAUUAUUCGAUGUCAACCAACCGAAACCCAACUGACGACUCCUAUUGUAGCUAUCACUGAAACUUGCGGUCUGAAAUACGGAGAAUCCACUGAAAAUGUCACUCUGAAAGCCAUAAAACUCCUCUCACACCUGCUAAAAGAGUGCAUAGAGCCACAAGAACAAAUGCCUGAGAUUGGAGUGCCACGUGGACAACUCAUCGAGCUAGUAGCCACUUGUUUAGAUGAGGCUUAUGACCCACAAGUGUCUGAGAAGAUUCAGAAGCUCCAGUUUGGUCUCCGUCUCGCAGAGGUUAUAUCUCAUGAUGAGCAAUGUCGACAGCUUCUGCUGAAUGUUUGCUCCGCCCAUCUUUGUCAGGAAAUAGCCACGUGGCAAUUCGCGAAGAAUCCAGUGGUGGGAUUUUUGACAAAGCCACCGAAAGAGAGGCUGGAGCCAUUGGAUCCUGAGUGGACUAUAUACGGAAUCGGGAUUAUUCUGGAGUUGUGUAGGCUGUUGGCAGUGUUGAAGGAUCACUCCAAAGUUCAUAAAGAUCAAUAUUGGAAGCUGCUGAAGGAUGAAAGGAUCAUACCAUUUCUAGCAUAUGGAAUAUCCUAUGGGGACCAGGAAACUGUUCAACAAGCUUUCCUAACCUAUUCUCAUUGUGCACAAGUUCCCGCAUUUCCUAGUCAUUUACUUUCCGAAAUGGUUGCCUCCUGCAAAUCCACGUCAUCCCCCUCCACGUCUUCUUCGAACAUUGCUUCUCAGAAAGAGUCUCCAGAAUUGAAAAGAGAAUCAGACGAUCGUGUUGGGUCUGGAGAGGUCUUCUUCACCGAUGAAAGAUCGUCACAAAGAGCUUUGGAUGAUCUCUUAAGGAAAGUGACGUUGGAAGGAAUGCCAUUGAAAGAUGCAAAGACGACAGAAGUGUUUGCGGCGUAUGAAAGAAAGAUUCAGAUGUUGCAGUUGAGGGAAAAAGAGUUAGAGCAGCAGCUGAAGAAUAGUAGACCGAUUGGGGUGCAAUCGACACAAGAUUUUGAGGUUAGCAAUGAGUUUUUAAAUUCUUUAGAGAUCCAAUUUUUUCAGAACAACUCGAAAAUCCGAGAGCUCACUCUGGAAUGCGAGUCGCUUCGCGAACGAAACACCCAACUUACCGAUCACAUGGCACGUGGAAAUCUGGAAAUGGAACAGCUGAAAAUCGAACUGAAAGAUGUGAAACAAAAGGGGGAAACGAUUGAGCAGAGUCUGGGAAUGUGCAUAACAGAGAAGAGUGGGCUAAAGGCACAAUUGAAUGAAAUUCUUGCAAACUCGGAACGGGCUGCUCAAACAGCACAGAUGGAAAUUUCCGAGUUGAACGCCGAGUUGGCACAAAAUGUGGCAAGAAUAGAGAUGUGCCUUCAGGAGAAUAAGGACUUGAAAAGGGAGUUCGAGGAGAAAAUCGUAGAGUGCGAAGUGUUGAAAGAGCAUAUACUUCAAAUUGAUGUCGAGUUGAAAACAAAGCAAACGGAAGUGGAACGGGCUCAUUUGCAGACUUCCGCCGCCGAACAAAAGACACUAGCCAAAGAAAAGGAGUUGGUUGAGGCAGAGAGCCAUCUAAAACUCUACGAAUCGCGACUGUCUGAUAGGGAACGAGAUCUGAAAUCGAGUCAAAUGGAAGUGGAUCGUUUAAGGAUAGAUCUAGAGACGGCGAGACUGAAUCUCCAGAAACUGGAGCAACUGAGAGAAGCGAUGCUGUCGUUGGCUUCAUCGAAAUAG